AUGUCUGAACGAAAAGUGCUCUCCAAGUACUACCCGCCCGACUUCGACCCGUCUAAAAUCACACGUACGCGCGGACCAAAAAAUGCCGGCCCCAAAGUACAGACUGUCCGCCUCAUGGCUCCCUUCUCGAUGAAGUGCACCCACUGCGGCGAGUUCAUCUACAAAGGCCGCAAGUUCAACGCGCGGAAAGAGACCACUGAGGAGAAAUACUACAACAUCGCCAUCUUCCGCUUCUACAUCCGCUGCACGCGAUGCUCGGGCGAGAUCACCUUCAAGACGGAUCCCAAGAACAUGGACUACGAAUGCGAGCGGGGCGCAAAGAGGAAUUUCGAGCCGUGGAGAGAGGCCAAGCUUGCAGAAGAGACCGAGGAGGAGCGACUGGAUAGGCUAGAAAAGGAGGAGGCAGAGCGUGACGCAAUGAAGGAGUUGGAGACCAAGGUGCUCGAUGCCAAGACCGAGAUGGCCAUUGCAGACGCGCUCGAUGAGAUCCGGUCGAGAAAUGCGCGCUUAGAAAAAGCAGAUCGCGAUGGCGUCGAGGCAAAAAUUGAGCCAGACCCUGCCGACGACCGGAGAAAGCGGCAAGAGGAGGAAGACGCCGAAGCAGCGCGCCAAGCUUUUGCGAAUCGCACUAUGCCAGAUCUCGGAGAGGAAGUCAUAGAAGAGGACAUGAUGGAUGCACCCAUCGAGGCACCCGUUGCGACUGCUUUCACCAAGAAGCCCAAGGAGAAGAAGGACUUUAGCGCCGCCCUUGGCAUCAAGAAAAAGGCUGCCGCUCCAGCAGUUGCGCCAGUCAUGAAGACACCAGCCGCGCCGUCGAAACUGUCUACUAUGCUGGUGGCGGGCUACGAUAGCGACGAUGAUUGA